UGCUAACGCCGUUAAAAAAGUGAACGUUAAAAGAAUAAGUGCGCAUACAAAAUUUAUUUGAUAAUUGAUUAAAUUGAAUUGAUUAAAAGUAAUUUCGUUAGUACAUUUAAUUAAUUAACGAUGAUUAAACAUAAAUAACUCGAUACCUUGCUGAUAAGUGCAAUCAGAUUGAGACGCAGCAACAACAACAGAAAUCACAGAACUUUGCUGAAACCGGUCCAGAGUAGUUGUUAUGCCAAAAGCUUUGUCAGUGUUAAAGCAAUGAGUGCCGCUUUAGGAUUACGGAAGUAUCAAGUGCAUCUUCUUCCGCUACUAUUGAUACUGAUUAAUAGUAUUAUCGGUACUUAUUGCUAUAAGGUGCCUCCUGUCACAGUGGAGCCAUUGGCCAGAGGCUUUCGUGUUUCCAUACCGGAUGAGAGUGGAGUCAAGAGUGUGGCAUUCAAUGUGAAUCGCAAUCGCAAUUUCACGGGAUUCGAACAGGGUGACUAUAGCGGUCAAGUUCAUGAGCCGCACAAUGGACGGUGGCAAUAUGAUUUCGUGAAGGGAACGCUGGCUGCGUAUGACACGCUUUUUUUGUGGACGAAUGUGCAGCACGGCACUGCCAUGUAUCGGGAUCAGGGUAAGCCGCUGGAUGCUUGCGAAUUGCCUGGGAAUUAUUUGCCACGGGGUUGCGCGAGAGUCGUCUCUGAAAUCGAUCAUAUGACAAGGGAGCAAUCAAGCAGCGUAGGCUCACAAUCGGAGCCGUGUGACGAGGGGAGCGAGACAGUGAUGUCACCACAAUCAGGCAGACCGCUUUGCAAGGGUCAAUUGAUAUUCGAGGAGAACUUCGACCAGCUAAACGAGAGUCUCUGGCAACACGAGGUGCGUGCUCCAUUGGAUAGCAUUGAUGCCGAGUUUGUGCUGUACGAUGGCAAGGCCCAAGUGCGUGACGGACAGUUGAGCAUUGAGCCAACGCUUUGGUCCAAUUACCGUCCAGAUUUGCCCAUAACCCAUGCUCAACUUGAUUUGUCCGAGCGCUGCACGGGCACACACAAUCGACAAAAAGAGUGUGUACUGGUCACGAGUGGACCAAUCAUUUUGCCACCGGUUGUGGCUCCACGUGUUACCACUAAAGAGUCAUUUCAAUUCAAGUACGGACGUGUAGAGAUUCGCGCUCAGCUGCCACGGGGAGAUUGGCUUAUACCACUGCUGCUGCUGGAGCCAUACAUGGAAUCGUAUGGCCAAACUGGCUAUGAAUCGGGUCAAUUGCGCGUCGCCAUGGCGCGAGGUAAUGAUCAGUUGCGUUUGCCCCAUGGAAAACUAAUCGAUGGGCGCACUCUGUUUGCGGGUCCUGUAUUGUCCGUCGAGGCAACGCAGCGUGAGGAUUUUAUGGUGCAAUUGCGACGUAGUGUUCAUUUUGGCAAUGACUUUCAUGUGUAUGGCCUCGAAUGGAGCAGCAAGAGUUUACGAUUUACCGUUGACGGCAUCGAGUUUGGUGAGCUGACUAAUUUCGUUGAUACCGGUUUAAAUCCCAGCUGGCGACGCAGCUCUUCACCAUUGGCGCCAUUCGAUCGCAUGUUUUAUAUUUCGCUAGGCUUAUCAGUUGGCGGAUUUGGCGACUUUGUUGAUAGAUUGAGAACUGCCACCUAUGAGAAGCCCUGGCUCAACAAGCAUCCCCAGGCGAAACUGAAUUUCUGGCAGAGCCAGGACAAAUGGUUGCCAUCGUGGAAGCAACCAAAGUUGCUAGUUGACUAUGUUCGUGUGUAUGCGAUUUAGCGAAUGUCUGCAUAGCAUUUUGUAAUUUAUACAAGGUUCUGUCCAUAUAUAAGGUAAUCAGAUUUUUCUUGAUUUUUGACUG